AUGGCUGCGCCCACCAACAAUCUCGCCCUCCGCCAAGACGACGGCGUAACCCGCUGCAAAGUCGAAGCCGAAGCCUCGCACUCCUACGGCGGCGGCGGCCCCGGCCAAGUGCCUGUCGACAUCACCGGCGGAGGAAUCUACUGCUACGAUGUCAACAACAACCAAGUCUACGCCAACGGAGACGCCAACGUGAACAACUUCAAUGGCGCUACCAACACCGUGUCGGGAGCAGACUGCCACACCCAAGGCGAUGUCACGUUCCACACUGCGUAUAAUACUGCGAGUAACCACUUUGAGAUUUGCACUAUUACGUACAAUGGGGCGGAUACUGAGGGUGUGGUUACUAGUAACAUUGAUUCUGGGACGGUGAGCGUAUCGACUUCUUACUGUACUAUCUACAUUCCUUGCUAG